AACUGCUGGCACUCGGCCUCUAAGCUCCCGGAGUUGCUGCGUCCGCGCAGUCCGGAACUGCGGUGUGGCCGCCGCGGGAACAGAGAGGGUCCGUUGUAACCUGUUGAGUAACUAUGGAGGACUAUAUCAAAAUAGAGAAAAUCGGAGAAGGGACUUAUGGUGUGGUAUAUAAAGGUAGACACAGAACUACUGGCCAGAUCGUGGCCAUGAAGAAAAUCAGACUUGAAAGCGAGGAAGAAGGAGUGCCCAGUACGGCAAUCCGGGAAAUCUCUCUGUUAAAAGAACUUCGACAUCCAAAUAUAGUCAGCCUGCAGGAUGUACUCAUGCAGGACUCCAGGCUGUAUCUCAUCUUCGAGUUCCUGUCCAUGGAUCUCAAGAAGUACCUGGACUCUAUCCCUCCUGGCCAGUUCAUGGAUUCUUCGCUCGUUAAGAGUUACUUGUACCAAAUCCUCCAGGGGAUUGUGUUUUGUCACUCCCGACGAGUUCUUCACAGAGACUUGAAACCUCAAAAUCUAUUGAUUGACGACAAAGGAACAAUCAAACUGGCAGAUUUCGGCCUUGCCAGAGCGUUUGGAAUACCGAUAAGAGUGUACACACACGAGGUAGUGACGCUGUGGUACCGAUCGCCAGAGGUGCUGCUGGGCUCGGCUCGCUACUCCACCCCGGUUGACAUCUGGAGCAUAGGGACCAUAUUUGCAGAGCUGGCGACCAAGAAGCCGCUUUUCCACGGCGACUCCGAGAUUGACCAGCUCUUCAGGAUCUUCAGAGCUCUGGGCACCCCUAACAACGAAGUGUGGCCAGAAGUAGAGUCCCUGCAGGACUACAAGAACACUUUCCCCAAGUGGAAGCCGGGGAGCCUCGCGUCCCACGUCAAGAACCUGGAUGAAAACGGCUUGGACUUGCUCUCGAAAAUGCUGGUCUACGAUCCAGCCAAACGAAUCUCUGGAAAAAUGGCCCUCAAGCACCCGUACUUUGACGACUUGGACAAUCAGAUCAAGAAGAUGUAACCCUCUGGAAGUCCCGCCCUGCUGUGGCAGGGGAAGAUCGUGGCGUUUACUGUUGGCUCUUCCUGUCUUGUAUAGUUUUCUUUUCUUUGUCUGUAAACCAUCAUCUGGACUUUUCCUAUUUUCCUACGUAUAACUUAAUUAACAUGUAAAUAUUAUUCCAUAUGAAUUUAAAUAUAAUUCUGUAUAUGUGUAGA